UCCAAGGAUAAUGGAGAAGACUAAGAGAAACAAUAGCUCAACAACAUGGUUUGGCAGUAGGCCUAGAUUCAUGGUCAAACUGGCUAAAUGAUGAUUUAGGGUAUAUCUUGAAUUACAACAUAGAAAACCAUUUUCUUGGUAACCUGGUGAAACCCACUGAUAUUUCUGUCACUUGUAAUGCGGCUUGCCUUCACUUCUAUCAAUUUUGUUAAUCUUGAAUUUUAUCAAUUUUGCACUUUAUUAAGGCAUUAAAGGUUUACUUUGUGUUGGACGUUGAUUGUCUUGAAUAAGUUACAUUGUUGAAUCGAUAGAAAUUUGGAGCAUGCAAAUAAUCGUUAGUGGUGGAAAAUAGAACUUUUCAUUUUAAAUGAACUAGAAUGAUGUCAUGCACUAUGGGCAUGAACUUAUCUCAUUGUGUGAUUUUUGAAAUUUAUUUUUUAAUGAAUUAUUGCAACUGUCUUCAUUGAUUUAUAUUUUUAUCCUCAACUCAUUUGGAAAGAAAAAUUCUUACACAAAUGAAUUAAUCAAUUUCCUUUGUACUUUUUUGGAAAUAAAAAAAUAUAACAUGUCUUUGGAAGUAGGCUUUACCGAAUGGGAUGUUGCUUUAAUAUAACAAUAUAUAUUAGAAUGAGUGUUAAGAGGAUUUUCUUGGAUGCUGCUCAGCAAUUUCCAUAUUGCUAGAUUUGCUUUACCAUGCAGGCACAGGUUCACUAAAAGAAAAUAUUUAAAUUCACUUAUAUUUUGAAGCUAGAAAAAGUUAUGGAUCUUAAUGAGCCUUUAAACUUAAGAGACUUCGAAAAACAAAAGCUACUCUAUUUAUUUUCAAAGCGACUUUUAAUUUGAAAAAAAUAAAUUAGUUUCUCUUCAUUAGUAACAACCCCAAGCUAUGCCUCAUAACUACAUUGUGCUUGGCAAUGGUUCAUCUGCACAUCAAUGAUCCUUACUGUUUUUUUACUUCAAGAACAAUCCACCCUUAGAAAAUAGUAAAAGGAAAGCACAACUUAGAACAAAAAUUAACUUGGUUUUCCUGUCUUGGCUAUUUGUUUUCCACUAUCUUUUGUCUAAGUCCAAAUCAAUAGAGGAUGAUAUGUUGCUUUAGGGCUUGUUUCUGAAUCUCUGUUGGAAUUAUAUGCCUCUAAGGUUCUUUUCUUCCUCUUCCUUUUCAAACUAUUGUAUUUAGACUUCAAAGUUGUCUUAUAGUGAUUAUUUAUUUUCGCAUUAUCUUGUCUGCUAGACAAAAUUUUUUACCCAAGUCAUCCUGAGCUUAGCAUGAAUCAAGAUUGCUGCUUUAUUAAUGCUGCUGUUCCUGUUAGAAUCUUUUAUUGCUACUAUAUUGGUGACUUAGUGCAGUCAACAAGUAGUUGUGUGGAGUUGAUAUUAAAAUAGAAUGGCCCCUAGAGCUCACAUGAAGAUUGCAUAACGAAGGCUCAUCAUAAUGCCACUUUGAUUGGCAGAUAACAGUUGAUCAAGAUGACAUACUAGAAAUAAGAUUUGAUUUUGGAAGCAGCCUAUAACUGAGACACUUCUUAUUUGAUGAGAUGCACAGAGGCCCAAAAUACUUGAUACAUUUUUGGUGGGGAGAGUGGGUUCAGUUUGUGGAUGGGAGUUUUAAAUGCUCUACUUGUGAAACAAUGCAACCAAUCCAAUCUUUUGCAUGUCACUUGAUUGGAAAACUAAUCUGUUUUCAAGCUACAAAGCUGAAAAGUAAUAGUAGUGGGUGGUACAAAGAAUUUUUUAUUUUCUUUUGUAUAAGAUGCUUACAUGCAACUUGGAUUACGUGGAAAAAAAAGAGUAAGAAAUUUUACAAUGUGGACUCUAAAGUCAUGUCAAAAGUUAACUGAAACUCAUGGAUUGUUCUUUUCUUUAGUAAUUUGUGAAAAUUUUGGUCUUGUAUCUAGUAGAUGGAAUUACACAUUUGAAACUAUAGGAUAGUUCAAGGACAUUUUAGCUGUGCAAUAAUUUGUUUGGAUGAACAUAAGCUAAUGAUCCAUGAGCUGCCUGGGCUCAUUGGAUUGGUUCAAACUUAAGGGGACCAAUACAUUGCCCUAGGGGGAUGGUUGGGCUUUGAUGUUGUAGGGUUGUUGGGUGGGUUAGAUAUGGCUCUAGAACAUUCCUCCUAUCUGUUUGAUGUGGAAUUGUUGGGUGGGUUAGAUAUGGCUCUAGAUCAUUAAUUUCCUCCUAUCUGUUUGAUGUGGAAAGAGCCAUUUCAUGCAAUGGAGAUUUUCUGUAGUGUUUCUCUUCUUAAUUCUGUCUAGCUAUUGUGAAUUUCAUUAUUGAUCUAGUUUGUUUCUUUAAAGGGUGAUCCAAGCACAAAUGCUAGGCGUCAGUAUUCUGCUCUAAUUUGACUGAAGAUGGUCAUGUGGAAUGUGAUGGCAGUAUUAUGGAUGGUGAUUCUGGGGGCAUUUGGGGCUGUUGGAGCGGUGCCAGGUCUUCCUGAAGUAUAAUUAAUGGAAACCAUACUCUAAACAAUUAAUAAUUAGCAGGUGUCUGAAAUGGUAUCCAAGUUGCUGCUUUGUUGGCCAAGGAACAAAUGUUGGGGUCAGCACUGCUGGGUCGAAUACCUCCCAUCUUCUUGGUUGGUAAAGGUGCAUGUAUGUGGGCAAAAUCCAAGCAUAUUCCUUUGCCGGCAAGUAUACCGAAGGCUGAUGAAUGGCUGGUUACAGAGAGGGCAAAAACACAGUGGGAAAAAUACAAAUCAACGCUUGAUGAUCCAAAAGGCACGGUAGAAAUUGAUGGAGAGCUUUCUUCUAGCACUCAAGAGGAUGCUGCUGUAUCAGAAGAUGACUGCAUUAUGGACAUUCUUGGGCUAAUUUCUGUUGACACUGAAGGACAUAUAGCAUCUAGAGCUUUGAGUGGUGGCAUUGCACUGAAGAUAACUGGAUGUGUGAGAUUAGCAGCAAUGUAUGACUCCGGUUGUUGGGCAUCCUCAAAAGGUCCAUUUGGGGCUCCAUUUAUAGUUGGUUGUUGUGUUAGUGGUGUUGGAGAGUAUUUAAUGAAAGGAUUUGCUGCUCGGGGGAGCUGUGUCUCAUCAUCAUUGUUGCGGGCAGGUCUCGGCUCUGCUUGCAUGAAAGUUUUGCGCUCUGUUAUGCAAGAUAGUAGCCAACACGGUGCUGAUAAAAGUGCUGGAACUCUGGUUGUUCAAACUGAGGCUCCUAUAACACUUCGCAGGACUUCACCUAAACUGAAAGCUAUAUAGAUUGCAGCAGCCUACACUUCCUUGUCUUUUGGAAUAUGUUAUUUUGGAAGCUCUAUGGAGUGGCCCAAGGUCUCAAUUUUUAGGACGACUACAAAGCAGCAAAAUAGGAUCGGCAUCGACCAGUUUGCCACAUGAAUUGAUGUUAGUGAAAGUAAAAGAUAAAAUAUUGUGUGCUCUAAGAUUUUGAUAAGAAAUUUAAAAUUUAGAAGUAAAUCAAACUGGUUUAUUUGUUUUC